UGCCCUAGACUCGCGCGUCUUGCGCUUCGCCCCCACCGCCCGGCCCGCCCCGCCGGCGUGUGUCGUGGAGGCGGCCGGCAGGCAGCAGGCGGCGCCAGGCCAGACUGGAUCCUCCUGGCACCUACCUGCCCGCGUCUCUUCCUCUGGCGCCGGCCUGGCAGGGCGGGGAGGAGGAGGAGGAGCCAGGCAGACCAUGGCUCAGCAGCACUCGGGGAGGCGGCGGCCGGAGGCGGCCGCCUGGAACUGCCGCUGCCCAGCUGGCUAGCGCUGCCCGCGGACAAGGGGACAAGGGGGCGGCGAAGCUCCCCUCCUGCGAUCGCCCCGAGGAGGCGGAGGCGGCGCCAGGUGUGGGCAAACAUGAAGCUGAAUGAGAAGAGCUUGGCCUUCUAUGCCACCUGCGAUUCCCCUGCCGACAACUCGGGCUUCCUUUACAAGAAGGGUGAGCGUAACACGGCCUACCACAAGCGCUGGUUCGUGCUGAAGGGGAACAUGCUCUUCUACUUUGAGGACCGAGAGAGCCGUGAGCCAGUGGGAGUCAUCAUCCUGGAGGGCUGUACAGUGGAGCUGUGCGAGUCUACCGAGGAGUUCACCUUCGCCAUCAAGUUUGACUGUGCCAAGUCCCGCACCUACAUCUUGGCAGCUGAGAACCAGGCCACUAUGGAAGCGUGGGUGAAGUCCCUCUCCCGGGCCAGCUUCAGCUACCUGCGGCUGGUGGUGAAAGAACUGGAGAAGCAGCUGGAAGAGAUGCAGCGGAACCUCGCCGGCUACCACCGGGUCCAGAGGAGGUUGCCGGUUUACCGGAAACCCAAAAAUGCUCCAAAUGUAGAUCCAGCCCCUUCCGGCCUGGACCUGCCUCAGGAAAAACAGACAGUCCCCAUUUGUGUCCCCGUGAAAGAAAACAGCUGUGCUUUGUGGAAUAAUUCUGAAAGCCCAACCAGCCGGCCAAGUGGAUACCCUCAGGCCGAUCCCUGGAGUACCAGGGGCAACAGCUAUGAGAACAGCCUCAAGCCACCCCCUUUGCCUCCUCGGAGAAGGGCCUUGUCGGGCAAUUCUGGCGGUGCUGGAGGCCCCAGGUCGGAUGGUCCUGUACACCCAGGCACCACGUGCUUUUCCAAGCUCCAUGACUGGUAUGGCAGGGAGAUUCUUGAACUGCGAAGAGCAUGGCUUAAGGGGCAAAAGGAGGACAGUCUGUGAGUAGACCUUUUGGUGGAAGGGAUGCGCCCAGAGCUCAAAAGCAGAGCACCUCUUCUGCAAGCGGCUCGAUCCCGGCAUCUCCAGGUAGAGCUGGCAGUCAGUGUAGAUGGCAGUGAGCUAAAAGGACCAAGAGUCUGACUCAAGAUGCUCCAUCUGUUCAUAUGAGCACCCUCGGAAAUGCUGAACUGGGCUGGUGUCGGGUCAAGCACAGGAAAUGUGUCACUGCCAUCUGUGACAAACCCACCGCUGCUGGAAAAGAGUUUUCCCAGUCACACACCGAUCAUGCUGGCUUCCUGUCCAGUUCACGGGGAAGCCGCAGCUGUUCUGGUUUGGAUCUUCCCAUUGCUUUGGGGGACUGGGUCAGUGGCUCUGAACUCCCCCUUAGGGCCAGACCUCUGUGGUAGUUUUCACUUUUUUUAUUCCUAGAAAACCCAGCCUGAAAGUAUGAGGGUGGCUGGUUGAAAAUAAACAGGACCUGGCUUAAAACAAAACAAAAAAAAUGAACACAGCACCAUCCAGGCCAGACCAAAACCAUGCUCUCUUAUGAUGGACACAUCCAGGUUCCUUGCAUGGAUCCUUCCUUUGCUGGCAAUGGAUUCCAGGACUGACCAAGCCACUGGCUGGCUUCUGGCAGUCACUGCAUUGUUCAAGGUCACAACAUGUCCACUGGGGGAAAACUUCAUUUACUCAUAGCUAAUCCUGAGAGUAAAAUCUUCUUAACCCAACUGAUAAUGGCUUGGUCCACUGUAAAAGCUUUGGAGGAGGAGGCUGGGGGAGAAAAAUGCCCCUGAGGCCUAUCCUGGCUCUCAAAAGAUGGCAGGAUUUUUUGUCAUCAUCUGGAAGUCUCCCACAGUAUGAUACUCACUAAAGUGGGUUGACUUGGACCUUGACCAUUUUUCUUUGUAUCUAGGAGCCAGCUUAGAAAUUUAGGAGUUGCACAACAAACACUAGACAAACUACCAGACUUCGUGAUAGAUGUUAGGUAAAGGGUAAAUGGGCUUACUUAUAUUACAAGUAACAGGGCUGCCUGGGGCAAAUAAAGAUGUCAUUAAAUAACUCCACCUCUGAAUAUCCUAGUCUAGGUGCUACAGUUAAAUUUCUAGGCGCUAUGGCUCCUUGGCGCCUGGGAUGUGUCCAGCCCUGGGUUAAAUGAUCAGAUGUUCAACUUUAAUGAUCAUUCAGGUAGCAGCAGAUCAUUUAUUGAUCAUUCAGGUAGACUGGGAGGCAGAGUUAGCAGGCCUGGCCAUUAGUUAUGAUGAUGAAAUGGAACCUCCAUGUUCAGGAGCAGAUACCAGAUGCAGGCGACACACAAUAGGGAAAGGAUGUUGUCUCCAUGCCUUGCUUGUGGGCUUUGUGAAGGUAUCUACAUGGUCACUAUGGAAGCAGGAUAUGGACCAGAGGGACCCUUGGACUUGACCCAGCAGGCUCACUUUAUGUCCCUAUGACCAAUUAAUAUCACUCUCCCUGGUGGCUCUUGGUAACUUUAAUCCAAAGUCAUGCUUGGAAAUGUUCUGGUUUGGGUGGGUGUGAGGGUAUAUUGACACUACAACUGUAAGUAGGUUUGACAGCCACAACCUUUCCCCUAUGGCCCCUGGGGAGACACCUAUUAGGAGUCCAAAAUAAGGGGGUUACUGUUUGUGUCCUCUGGUGCUCCUAUGGUCUAUCACAAGACACGGCAUUUAAUCCUCCUUUGUAGCUUUAAAAUGCAGUACUGUUUAUGAACUACGGAUACGCCUGGAACCUUGCAGAAAGAUUCAUUUUAGGUGAUGCUGCUGUUGCAGAAAUGGUGCCGUUAAUUUGCAGACUGCUCCCCGCAACCACUGCAGAAAGCUUAUCUUUUUUUGGUACUCCACCAUUAUUUCAUGUGGUACUUCUCCUGCACCAAGAAAUCUUAUUGUACCUCACAACAACCCUCAGAGGUAGGCUCAUUUGUAUUUUUUUCAUUUUACAGAUGGGGAGUUUGGGCCUAGGAGGGAGUGAUGCACUCAAAGACUCGCAAUGGCAUUGCUUUGCUCCUUGCCAUUUAGACAAGACAACAAGCCAGGGCUGGUUCAGAUGAACAUGUUCACUGCUUGAUUCCAAGAAGGAUAGGCGUGCAGGGUGUGAUAAAGCACCUCCGGCUGUUUUGUUGACUGCUGGGGGAAGGGAGGGGGAGAUGAAGGUAGUCUUGACCACAGAUAGAAUCAGUGGUGUUUAGUUUCACUUUUGUUUCAGUGGCAAAAAUGAGCAAUUACAGGCAGGUACAGAGUAUUAGCACAAUGAGUUAAUGGCAUAAACUACAAUCUAAGCAUACAAAUGUUGAGUCAAAUGUCUCUUCUCCUGGUGACCAAGUAAGGUGGGAAUUUCUUCCAGGGAACACAUGGAUUGUAAAUAUGUUAGGGACGAGUAACUUGAAUGUGUGUUUUACAAGGCUGCUAAAAAAUCUUGAACUGUUUUGAGUUUUUAUAAUUGUUAUUGCAAUAUGUCCUCAGAAUGUUGUCAAAGAGGCCAAGCUUAAUUUUAUGCUGGAGCUAGGAUCGCCACUGGAGCCUGCCUGGCAAUCUGGCCCGGCAGAAAACACCACACCCUGCCCCUGAAAUAGGCAAGGAUAGGCUGCAGUUGCUUCAUUGUGGCAGAAAGCCACUCUGUUUAAGAUAUUUUUCCUUAUUAUAUAAUAUUCCCCCCAAACACUAGAAUGUGUGGGCAUCCAAUUAAAUUAUUGUAAACUGUCCUAGAACAUGUUUAUUUGAAAACGUGGUACAUAAAUGUCUGAAAUAAAUAAAUUGAUGAGCAGUA